AUGUCACCACCAUUCCUCAACGAAAGUAAAGGGACGACCAUGUCACCAGUUCUCCUAGGUGCUUCAGCAUUUCUCCUCCUAGCCUACGUUGUUCGAGCUAUACUUGCUCGACCUCAAAAGUUGGAUUUUCCAGUAGUGGGCAAGCCCGGUGAUGCUAAUUUUGAAGCGGCAUUGCUUGAAGGAACCGCAAAAUACCCCAAUACCCCCUACAUCAUCCCAAGUGUUCCCGAAUUGGUCGUCCUUCCCAUGUCCACUCAUGAUGAAAUGCGCAACCUCCCAGAAGACAAAGCAUCUUUCAUGCAAGAUUUAUCCCACGUAUUUUUUGGAAAACAUACAGGAAUCGGUGAAAAUACCCCCCCUUUAAUCAAAACUAUCAAGGCCGAUUUGACUCGUCAUAUGGCAUCUACUGUCGAAGCUCUUCAAGACGAAGCGCGCUAUGCAUUGAAUGAAUUCGGCAGUUGCGAAAAUUGGACCAAGGUUGAUUUGACGAAAGCAAUACCAAGAAUGGUUGCGUUACUGAGUGGUAGAGCUUUUGUUGGAAAACCAUUGAGUCGAAACGAGGAAUGGAUUAACGCUACUGUCGAUUAUACUGUGGACACUGUGAAGGCAAAGGACGAAGUGCUCCAAUAUCCGGCCUUGAUUCAAAAUUUGGCGGUGUCCUUCUUAUCCCAGAUUAGAACGGUGAAGCAACAUAAGAGUAAGGUGGCAAAGUUGUUGAGACCAAUCAUUGAGGAGUGUAUGCGAAAAUUCAAGGAAGAGAAGACAGCUGAUAAGGAAUCGAGUGACGGAUUUGAUGAUAAUCAGGGGUCUUUCAUCAGCUGGCUUUUGAAAUGGACAGAUGAGAAGAGUAGAGAAGACCCUUUUGCGUUGGCGGACACCCAGUUGAUGUUGUCUUUUGCUGCUAUUCACACAACGUCCAUGGCCCUUUCGCACAUACUAUAUGAUAUCGCUUCUCACCCGGAAUUCAUUGAGCCUCUCCGCGAAGAAAUCGAGCAAGUGAUUGCAGAAGAUGGGGAUGAGAUUGAUGGUAGUGGAUCGACAAACUUAAAGAAGCAGUCAUUCGCCAAAUUAAAGAAAUUGGAUAGUUUCAUGAAGGAAAGUCAGAGAUUCAGUCCUCCAGCUUUGGUUACAAACUUUCGCCGAACUACUUCCACCCUCCACCUUUCUACUGGCCAUACGAUUCCCAAGGGAACCCGAAUAUGCUACGACACCGUUUCGGUCAACAUGUCCAAUCCCGACCUCUCUUCCAUUCCCCACGACCCCUCCAAUGUUACCUCACUUGAUCCACCUACCACCUUCUCUCCCUUUCGCUGGUCAUCACUGCGCGACACGCCUGGCAAUGAAUCAAAAUUUCAAUUUGUAACGACAAGUAAACAAAGCAUGAAUUUCGGACACGGGAAUCAUGCAUGUCCCGGUCGGUUCUUCGCGGGGUUGGAGUUAAAGGUUGCGAUCGUCGAGCUUUUAAGAAAUUGGGAAUUCAGGCUAGUGGGAGAUGAAGGGGCCAAGGGGGGAGAGAGACCCAAAAACCUUGUAUACGAUGUCACCAUCAUGCCAGACCCCGUUGGCCAGCUUGAGUUCAGGAGGAGGAAGUUUUAG